UUCGAGAUUUUUCAGCUUCGCUCCCGCGUGACGUUCGGCCGAAAACGUCCGAAAACCGACGCGAAAUUCCGCCGGGACCGUUUGCGCGCACGACAGUUCCCGUCACUCCGGCGAUCGAUUUUAGAUUUCGUCGAGCGCUUUUUCCAAAAGUUUUAACGCUAUGUCGUUUGCCCACCCGAUCGAACGCGUCGAUAUCCGCGAUCCUCUACGGACCACCUUCGGCAUUUGAGACUGUGUGCUGGAUUGUCGGGAGGUUAUGGAAACCGGUAUACGAUUCGCCUGGGCCUGGGCUCCUAUUUUCCGAUCGCAUUAAAUCUGCAAGCCCGUCGUCGAUCGCGCUACUUCGAUAGUUCUUCCGGCCGAGUCUUUAAAUCCGUCUCGCGCCGCAUCGCCUCAGACGUCUUUCGCACGCUAUCUUGCGCAGUGUUACUGACGGAAACAUAACCCAGCCGAGCCUGUCGAACGAAGGGUGACGUAUCCCGCUACCACGCACCGAAGCCACGAUCCACGAGCGAAAAAUGCGGUGGACAAUCGCAGUUGUCGUGUUGGCUAACAUAUCGCUGUCCCGUCAGGAAUGUUUUCCCCCUCGGUCCAUUUACUGUUACGAGUGCGACAGCGCCAAGGACCCUCGGUGCAAGGACCCGUUCAACUACACGGCCAUGCCUCAAGAUCAACCGCCGCUGGUCAGCUGCAACGGGUGCUGCGUUAAAAUGGUGCGCUACGUAAGAACGUCGUACGAGAGCAUCAAGAGGACGUGCACGUCGCAGCUGCAAAUCAACCUGUUCAUGGUGGACCACGUGUGCAUGAUGGAGGGCACGGGCACGGGGCACAUGUGCUUCUGCGAGGAGGACAACUGCAACGCGGCGCCCGGGCCCGAACGGACCGGCGGGGUGCUGGUGGCCGCCGCGCUCGCCGCGUACCUGCUGCGACAGCGAUAGAGCCCCCCCACCAGGGACGAGCCUGCGAACAUCCAACGAGUACCUUUCGCGGCUAUAUCGUUAUCAUCAUUAUUAUUAUUUAUUAUUUAUUACUAUUGUUGUUGUUAUAAGUGUUUUUUUUUUCCCUCGCCCACCACCCAAAGAGAGUAACCCGCGUUCGUUGUCGUCGAGUUUUGAAAAAAGUAACGUUCAACGGUCGGAAACCUGCACUGUACGUACCUACACCGGCGGCGUGGCCGAAAAAUAUUUUGGGGACGGAGGAUUUUAUGUUUUCAAUCAUCUCUCUCCCGAUCGAGUACCGAUGUUCUAACUUUAACGGGGCCAGUUGUAACGUGCGAUUCGGUUUGUUGAAACCGUGAACGGUUCUUGACAUGAUACGAACAUUACACAUUUCUCGUUUACGUGUCUAAAGAUCGUCGAAUUUAUCUUACAAAACAAAAAAAGUCAUUUCGGGGGAGUGGAGGUUCUUACCCGUAACCCCCACACCCCGCCACCGGCUACGCUACUGGUUCAUAUGUGUACGUCGAGUUCGCGUUUUUUUUUUUUUUUUACAACGCGUACACGUAUUUCUGUACCGCAAUUGUAUCACAUUAAAAUUGUUUAUAAUCAUUUUUCUCGCAGCAGGUCACCGAUUUCCACAUUUGGUUCGUAGAAAAAAUUCGUUUUCGAUGUUAAAAAUAACGUCGACCAUCAAUUUUGAUUCGAUUUCGAAAAGUCCUAAUCAUGAUUUCGGUUUUCCGAUUUUUACAAAAAGAUGAUGCGGUUACUUGCAGCAGUUUACCAGAGAGAAUCGGGUUUAAUAUCGAACCAAUAAAGUACUGUAUAAUAUGAUUAUUACAUCAACAAUAAUUCGUUUAAAGUAUAAACAGUUUUUUGAUAGAUUUUAAUAAAAAAAAAUCAUCUUUCCAUAAAAUUUAAUAUUUUUAAUUUGAACACUAAUAAUGAUUUCUUGAGCAAGGAUUUUAGAUUUAAAUUUUAAAAUACACUCCUUAAGGAUUUUUACCAGUUCUAGAAUUUCGCCCCUCCCCCUUCAAGAAUACAAGUUACAAUUUAAGGUGGUGACUCUUAAAAUGAAUAGCGCUCAAUUCAAAAAUAUUAUAAUUCUAAAACUACUGCGUUACAAUUAAUUAUGUUCAUUGUAAUUGAGUGCAUGUGUAAUUCACAUACAUCUCAUAGGGUAAAUCAUAAUUUGUGUCCCUUAUUUGUUUGUAUUCUAUAUCGGGGACUUAGAUAAAAUGUGUACUCGUUAUAUCAUUAAGCGGUCUAUUUUAUUUGUAAGUUGAAUACAUAAAUUUAUAAUUAUAUCAUAUAAAU